GGAACGAGACGUCGGAGCAACACCGCCGUUCCUAAUCCCCAGACUCGAGCAAGCGAGAGCGAUCUAAGCCGCAACCUUAAUUUUCGUCUUCGACAUCAACCACUACGACGUGAUUGCGCAUCAUCAAUCCACCAUACUUGCGUGUCACUUUCUCCUUCCUCUUCCACUUUCUCUUUUUCCUCCCUUAUCCGAUCGAACAAUAUGAGUUUCAUUCCUCUUAACCCGCGGCCCAUGCUGCAGAACCUCGUCAACGACGAUGUCAUUGUCCGCCUAAAGUGGGGUCAGACCGAAUACAAGGGCCGUCUAGUCAGCGUUGAUUCGUACAUGAACAUCCAGCUGAGCGGUACGGAAGAAUUUAUCGAUGGCAAGAGCACUGGCACGCUGGGCGAGGUUCUGAUCCGUUGCAACAAUGUCCUAUGGAUAUCCGCUGCAAAGGGCAAAAAGGAGGAGGCCGACGUUAAGAUGGAAGGAUAAACACCGGAUGAUGGGCAAUGCGAUGCGAACAAGACCUGCAGCAUUGCCGGGGUCAAGGACCACUCUGAGCCUGCGAGAAAGGCCUAGCACGACGUAUGGAUACGGAUAAGCGGAGGAAAGACGAAGUACAGAGCCGCAUUCUGGCUGUGACAGGUUCGAUUACGCCGCGGUGUAUCCAUCAAACGCAGGCCGAGUAAGCUUGAAAGCGGAGAAUACGAAGAGAAAACGGGAAAGAUAUAUCAUUUGGCAUCGGCGCUCUAGGCUACGGGAU